UGGUCCACACUUCCUCCACCAAAACUCUAUAAAUGUCAAACCCAAUCUCAAGCAAUUACUCGAGCAAAUUGAGUAAAGUUUUGCAUGCCAUGAAAAUGGGAAUGGUGGUGAGAUCUCCAUCUUUUUUCUUCUUCCUCCCCUUCAUUUUAGCUCUUUCGAUUCAAUCCUCUGGUUUGUCAAUGGUUGAUUUAGAACCUGAAGCAUUGCUGAACUGGAAAACUAGUUUGAAAAAUCACACUUUGGUUUCAUGGUUUCUUAAAACCAGCAACUCCACCAGCCAUUGCAGUUGGAUUGGCAUCAACUACAAUAAUGAUAGAAGUGUAGUCGAGGUUAACCUCUCAAAUUUUGAUUUGGAAGGGACUCUCAAUCAAUUGAACUUCUUCUUGUUGCCCUAUUUGACCAGCCUGAAUCUCAGCAUGAACUAUUUUUUACAAGGGAAAAUCCCGAAGAGUAUCGGCUCCCUUUCGAAACUCAGUUUCUUGGAUUUGGGAGACAAUCAGUUUACGGGGUCGGUACCUGAGGAGAUUGGCAAUCUCACUGACCUUCGCUUCAUUUCUCUAAGUGGAAAUGAUCUUAGUGGCCCCAUCCCUUAUCAGCUGGGUAAUCUGCAAAAGGUAUGGCAUUUAGACCUUCGUAGGAACAAUUUGAACUCUAUUGACUGGUCAAAGUUUACAGGUAUGGAGUCUCUUACUCACCUCUACCUAUACGACAAUUUUUUGGUAGAUUUCCCAGCCUUUGUUUCCCGAUGCAAAAACUUGGUACUUCUUGAUUUGUCUGAAAAUGAAGUAAGUGGUGGAAUCCCCAUUCAAAAGGUUUCCAGUCUGAAAAACCUCCAAGUCCUCGACCUUAGUGUUAAUUACUUUCAAGGGCCCAUUCUUGCUGAACUUCAGAAUCUGAUGAGGCUUCAAGAACUUCAACUCUAUAGCAAUAAUCUCACGGGUGCAAUUCCUCAUGAAAUCGGCUUUAUCUUUGGGUUCCGAAAACUAGACUUGAGGUAUACUUAUCUCACGGGAUCCCUCCCCCUCUCCAUAGGAAACCUUUCCAAGCUGACUUACUUAGAUCUAUCUGGAAACCUAUUCACAGGAUCCCUCCCUCCCUCCAUAGGAAACCUUUCCAAGCUAACUCACUUAUUGCUAAGUGUCAACAAUCUCACAGGAUCCCUCCCUCCCUCCAUAGGAAACCUUUUCAAGCUGACUGACUUAUAUCUAUCUGGAACCCACUUCACAGGAUCCCUCCUUCCCUCCAUAAGACACCUUUCCAAGCUAGCUUACUUAGAUCUAUUUGGCAACAAUCUCACAGGAUCCCUCCCUCCCUCUAUAGGAAACCUUUCCAUGCUUAGUCAAUUGUACCUAUCUAAUAACAAUUUAUGGGAUCUCUUCCUCCUGAGAUUUGGAAUCUUAAAUCCAUAAUUAAUGUGGAUUUAAGUUCAAAUAGAUUUCAAGGCCAAUUAAUACACCGCGUCUCACCCUCAAGGACUUCAACUUCUAUACAACUACGACAACUUUUCUGGAAAUACUAGGUUGGGUUUGGGACAAAAUUUUGAAAUGUUGAAUACCAGCUCCUCAACUGAUCUACGUCGUCAGAUUUGCAAAAGCAAGAAAUUAUUGCGGGGAUUCUUGAAACAUUGUACGAGCACAGUGACAAUCCGAGCGGUUGCAUGCUAUCACCGAGUCAACACAACUGAUACUUAUGCCAAGCUUCCUAAUUACAACAACUGUAUCUCUCAAACAAUCAAAUUUCUGGUUGUAUUUCAGAAAAUAUUGGAGAAGUCAUGCCAAAUCUAUCGCUCUUGGAUAUCUCCAAUAACAGUAUUUCAGGAUUUAUUCCCAACUCGACAAGGAAUAUGGAGGGUUUGAUAGUUCUUCAUCUUUAUGAAAAUAAAUUGAUGGGUCCUAUUCCCACUUCCAUGGGAAACUUGAAAAAUUUGAGGACAUUAAGGUUGAGAGAGAGAGAGAGA